CUUUUUGCCCAUGCGAACAAUUUCGCAACCAUACAACAGACCUUAGAGCUUAUUCGCAAAUCCCACUCAUUCACCAUGCCCAAGGAAAACAAGAAGCGUGGUCGGCGCGAAGAGAAAAAGAGAAAGCUUGAAGAGGAAGAAGCAGUCGAAUCAGCUCAGGACACGAAGAGACAAAAGCCCGAAGUAGAGCCCGACUUUCUUCCGCUGAACGAUGCAGCACCGGCAGAGAAUGGGUACGAGGAGGGCGGAUACGAAGAAGGAGGAUCUGCGACGGAGACACCAUUCUACGGUUUGCUGGAUGAGGAAGAGCAAGAAUACUUUAAGAGGGCAGACGAGCUGCUAGACCUGAACCAAUUCAAUGACGCCGAGGAAAGGAACUUGUUUUUGGCCAACGUCUAUCGAGAAGCAGAAGGAAAAGAAUUGAAGAUUGCCAGCAGCCAGUCCUGCUCGAGAUUGAUGGAGCGAUUGAUUCUCUUGUCCAAUCCGGCUCAACUAAAGGCACUCUUUGGGAAGUUCAGCGGAAAUUUUCUUCAUCUUGUGCAGCAUCGAUUUGCUUCGCACUGCUGCGAGACACUCUUCAUUCGAUCCGCGCCAGUUGUUACGCAAGAGCUCAUCGAGCCGCCAGACCAGACCCAAGAGGAUGAGACUACCGGCGAGGUGUUUGUGACCAUGGAGAACCUCUUCCUCUACACAUUGAACGAACUCGAAGGAAAUCUCGGGUAUCUGGUCAUGGACAGAUUUGCUUCCCACACAAUUCGUGUCCUACUGGUCGUGCUCUCUGGCAAACCGCUCAUGAAGCGGUCUACGACCUCGGUCGUACAGAGCCGUAAAAAGGAGAACAUCACCGUCACCGGAAUGCCAGGAAAGCCCACUGACCUCGAGUUGGACGAACGUAGCGUCCCUGAAUCGUUCACCGCCGCAUUGGAUAAGAUGAUCAAGGACACGAUAGCGGGACUGGACACCAACCAUCUACGCGCUCUCGCUACCCAUCCCACUGGAAACCCCGUGCUGCAGCUUCUUCUAGAGCUCGAGCUCUCCCAAAAGCCGGGAUCCAGAAAGCAGAAAGUCGACGAGCAAUAUCUCUUCAAAAAGCUCCUUCCCGACGACCUUUCCGAAGAGAACACCGACAGCACCAUGUUCUUCAACUCCAUGAUCUACGACCCCCUGGGAUCUCGAGUCCUCGAAGCAAUCAUCCGAGUCGCGCCGGGAAAGACAUUCAAGGCCAUCUAUCGCCAUCUCCUCAAGGAGCGCAUCGGCUCUCUCGCGCGAAACGACAUUGCCGGCUUCGUCGCAAUGCGCGCACUAGAGCGACUGAGCAAGGAAGACCUGCAAGACGCUCUCCAGAGCAUUCUUCCACAGAUCCCCUCUCUCGUCGAGCGCUCCCGAACCACCGUCAUCCGCACCCUCGUCGAACGCUGCGGCGUCCGAGGCGCAGACACCAAGGCCCUGGCGAACGCUCUCAAAGAAUCCUACGGCGGUGACGGUGACGACGUUGAUCCGGCCGAACGACUUGCCAAAAUGCUCAAACUAGACCUGCUCUCCAAGAAGGACGCCAACGGGAACGCAAACCUCACGGCAGAAGAAAAAGCACAACAACUCCACGGCUCGCUCCUCGCCCAAGCCAUGCUCAACGUCCCCCACGGCGGCCCGCUCAGCGAGUUUGUCCAAGCCGGUCUCCUCGUUCUCGCCUCUUCCUCUUCCCCUUCCUCUUCGCAAGAUGCCGAUGCCGAUGCCAGUUCCAAUUCCGAAAACACAUUUAUCAAAAUCUGCGAAGAUCCCGUCCUAUCACGCGUCGUCCAACAAGCCUUUAACCCUUCCAAUCCUUCUUCCCCUGAUCCCUCUUCUUCCUCCAACCCUUCUUUCAAUCCCUCUAAUCCCUCUUCUUCCAAUUAUCCCUCUUCUUCCACGGGAGGCAGCUCAGCGGGAACUAGUACAAGCAGCACCGCUGACACCGCCUUCCGCCGCAAACUCCUUCCCAAAUUCUACACCCACAUCGCCCCCCUCGCAUGUACCUCCGCCGGCUCGCACGUCAUCGACAGCCUGUGGCCCGGCUCGCGCGGCCUGCCGUUCAUCCGCGACCAGAUCGCCGCCGAGCUCGCGCGCGACGAACCCGUCUUGCGCGAGUCCUUUUUCGGCAGAGCCGUCUGGCGCAACUGGAUGAUGGACAUGUAUAAGCGCCGACGAGGCGACUGGGUGGCCUUGGCCCGCGCCCAGCACGACCCUGAUGAUGAUGAUGCGUCUGUGCCUGAUAAUUUGUCUGGUGCGGGUGCUGGUUCUUACGGCCGUGGUCGUGGUGGCGGUGGUGGUCAGGGUUAUGGUCAUGGACGCGGCGGCGGUGGCGGCGGUGGCGGUUACAGUCGUGGUGGUGGUCAUGGUUACGGUUCCAGUCAUGCUACUGGCAACUUUGACAACAAGGGCCGCGGAGGCAAAACCGGCAUCGAAAAGGCGCGCGAGCGAUUCGCUGCCGAAAAAGCCAAGAAGGAGAAGAUGAACAUGAACAGCCAGAAGAAGACGGGGACACCGGCCGAAAGUUCAUAAAGAGUGUUUGAAUCAAAAGAAAGUUAGUACUCGUGCUUGUGUUUGUGUUUGUGUGUGUUUAUGUAUAUAUCACAAAAGUGGUUUUAUGGUUUUCUGGUUUUAUGGUUUUCUGGUUUUAUGGUUUUCUGGUUUUAUGGAUAUAUUGUAAUCCAUGUUCUGCGCGGCGUUAGAUUGAGUCCCCCAGUCCCCUCACGAAUAUAGGUACUUUGGGAUAAAAACGACUACUUCGGGGUAAUAAGAAUCAUAUAUAC